AUGCCCAGAGAGGGCAAUCCAAGUGGCAAGGAAGCGUCCACAGGUGGUAGUGAGGCAGACGCCGAAAACCGGAGUAAAGGACAAUUUGCAGAGGUACCACUAGAAUUUAUCAUAAAUGCGUCGAUUGUCGGAAUUCGCCUAAGUGAAGUCAGACGGGAUGGCAAGUUCUCUCUCAAAGAGGAGGAGUACCCUCUAACAAAGAGUAAAUCUACAAAUGAGCUGCCGAUAGCAAACUACCUGUGGAUGUCAUAUACGCAGUUAGGGGUGCACCAUCCAACAGUUCAUGAUUUUUGGACUGAGGGUAUCUACCAUCUUUCUGGACCGUGGGAUCAAUGCCAGAGGCUUUUCCUUGAAACGCUCACCACGUACGUCCAGAGUGUCCCUGCUACGGCACCUAUGGGUCGGCUGGCUCUGAGCCCGGAGCACAAAACUUACUAUCUCGGCAUGUCACAUACUCUGAGGGUCAGAGCUGGAUGGCACCUCACGAUCCGUGGGUUAUGGGGUCGCUGUCAGAGGUUGCAGAUCGACACCUACGUCAAAUCGUCCAAGAAUGCACUGACGCGGAGUGAGUGCGGGAUUGCCAAAUUCGGAUCGUUCGGUGCCUCCCGUAACAUAGGCGUUGCAACCUAUCCAAUGGUUGCUACGUCCUCGGGCGGCCACUGGCAGACGACUACUACUGCCAUGGAGCAGAACGGUACGUCAGAGAGCGCUUCAAGCAUGCGCUUCACGGCAGAAGGCUCGGUGGAAAGCCUGAUCGCAAGGAAGCUAGCCAGGCCUGGGAGAGUCUGGAUGGUUUCAAGUUAG